CACACUUCCUCGUUUACUCAACCUUCUUCUGUGUUUGCUUGCGUUGUAAUCUUAAGGAUUGUAAUAACCUUUGAAGAAGUUAUAGCUCCACUGUAUCUAGCUUAGGACUGAAUGUAGUAGAUUAGAGCUGUUAUGAAUUGGCUAGAGAGCUGUUAGCGAAUGAUCAGUUCAUGAGGAUCUCUUGGCUGAUUGUUUUGGGUGUAGGGUUGGUUGGACAUUUUGGUUGCAAGCGGAGAGUGUUUUAAUGAAUUUCUCUAUGUGGUUUAGAAACUGUGAUGGUAGUAAAAUUUUAGGCUUGUAUAAUGUUACGGAUACUGAGGUUACUUGACAUUGCGUUUGUCUGUCUGGUUACUUAGGUCUUUCCAUUUGUUAUAUCAUCAGAUAAUCCCAUUUUACCAGUUAUUCCCAUAUAUUGUGAGUUUUGGUAACUUUAUCAUGUUCAUGUGUCUGUUUCUUCAGUAUGACAUGAAGCUUUUGGCGGUAGAUAUUCCAAUGGCGUCUGGUCCAGACCAACGGUUAUUUCUUAUAGGCGAUGAAGAAGAGUACAGAGUUGGUGGUGGUUUAAUCUCUGUGUUAAGAGACCCUGUUGUGAAAGCCAUGGCAGCAACUAAGGAGUUCGAUAAUCUUGAUAGAAUUGAGGAGGAAGAAGACGCUGAAAGAGAACUUCAAGAAGCCGAACGAAAGCACCGUGAAGAGAUCGAGAAGCUCGAGAAAGAGGACUCAUAAUUCAUGUUUUUCUUCCCCAGAAAACUUGAAAACGUUUCUUCUUUACUGGAUAUAAAAACAACACCACAAAACCCGUUUUUUUUUUUGUUGUUGCUAACUUUCGAGAAAUAACUUUCCCUGGCUAUGUUUAUCAGAGGAUGCUAUUAUGAUUACUGAUUCUUCUUCAUGCGAGGAUGUGUCUCUUUGUUAGAGCAGCCUGUGCUAUGAAAUCUUUUGGUUUACAACUUUUGGCUUUCAUGUUUUUACCGGUUUAAGCUUAAUAAAUGCACAACAUAGGCAGCAGCAGCACAAAGAGAUUUGUCAUUAACCAGUUCUGGUCUACAAAAUUAGCCAUUAGUUAUGGUUAAUUAAACCAAUUUCCCAUCGCAUGUAUGAUGAUGUAACCCAAAGAAGUAAAAGAUGUUUUGUUGGCUGAAUUGAACCUUCUCUUGAUCCUUCUUGUUGAUGAUUCUGAAUCUUUUCACAGAAAUUUUUGAUCUUGAAUUCUUGAUCAUCUCGGCUUUUUAUCUUUUGCCCGUUGGCUUUGAGGCUGAAACUAAUUAUGAGGCAAGAACACGAGCAAUCUGAAGUUGGCUUGACCUAGAGAGAGCUAAUGAUCCCCCAGAUUCAUUGUACAAGAACUAAUGGUGAUAGAUUUUGCUCGUGUGUAAAGAGUUAAUGGGGAAUCAUUGUACAAGAACUCCUUGUUGUAGAAAGGUGUGGUCAUGUAUAUGCUGUUGCAGUAGAAAGAACAAGACUCAAGCUUGGAGCCAAAAAGGGUCUGGAUUUAUAAAAGGGAAGGUCCAUCCCGUAAGUAGAAUCGAGAAGUGGGAGGAGAAGAUGACAGAAGCUAAAAGGAAUGGCAACAUUCUCGUAGUGAAUUUCAAGGCUUCAUGGUGUUUACCUUGUAAAAAGCUAGCACCAAUAUACCAUGAGCUUGCUUCCACAUACACAUCAAUGAUAUUUGUCACUAUAGACGUCGAAGAGCUCGCUGAGUUUAGUAAUGAAUGGAACGUGGAAGCAACUCCAACAGUAGUGUUCCUCAAGGAUGGGAGGCAAAUGGAUAAACUUGUAGGUGGCGAUGCUGCAGAGCUUCAGAAGAAAACUGCAGCAGUUGCAGAUCUCCUUCUCAGACAAUCUUAACUGUAAUUUAGUUUCCAUGUCGGAAUUUAUACAAAGAAACGGU